AUGCCUUUCCAGUAUGCUCAGCGACAAAAUAAGCAGAGGCAUAAAACUGCGGCCUACCAGCCACCGACACCGCGAGGCCUGGAAACGUUCCUCGAUCACUUCUUCGAGGCACACAGCCCAAGCAAACCAGAACAGCCUGAACCUACCUCACUAUCAGACUCCUCGAGCAUGAGACUCCGGACACAAAAGCCUGACAGAGACAUAGGGGCCAUGCUCCAGAUGCCCACACCAACUAAAACAACACAAAUGGAGACCUCACACACGGAAGGGGCACCAACACUACAGUCAGCAAACGGGGAACAAGAAGCAAAGAGAUUAAGUAAUAAUUUUUGA